CGUGGCCGCGCCGCGAACCAGCCGACCGGGCACCUGGUCCCGAGCGCCGGGUGGUUACCUGAGCGAGCAUUCGGAGCCCCUGGACGAUGGCGAGCACAGUCUGCUGGAGGAGGUGGACCGGCACACUGACGCGGACCUGCCGGGCUUGGAAGGAGCCGUGGGCCCUUCGCCUUCGCUGCUGAACAUGGACCUCUCGAAGCUACUCGACACCGUUGGUCCGUCCAGACCUCCAGGACGUGCGGCGGCCACCGACCCAUUAGAUGACGUCUUUGAAGCUAGCAGGGACAUGGGGCCGCAAGUGCCUGGCGGCAACAGAGAGUUGCUGGGAGCCAUGGCCAGUGAGCCGUGGCCUCGAUACCCCUUUGGUGCACAGGGACACACAGACGGAGAUAACCGACGCGCGGGUGCGGCCGGGGCGCGUCAGCUUCAUGCCACGGUCGGUGUAGAUGUCGCCCCGAUCGUCCCGCCACCUGUACCUGCCGGCGGCCCGAUAGCCCUCCCAAGCGGAGAUGCUGGAGCCCACGCAGACGCAGUACAGGCACCUGGUGACGGCCCGGUGAACUAGUCCUUGUCAGAAGGCGCUUCGCGGGAACAAAGGAAUCAACAGCAGGGGGAUCAACCACGGCGGAAUGUGGGUCAACAGCAAAUGGAUCGACGACUGUGGGACAUGGGUCAGCAACAAGGUGGUCAAAAACCGUGGAGCAUGGGUCAACAGCAGGGUGAUCAACCACGGCAGAAUGUGGGCCAACAACAAGUUGAUCGACAACUGUGGGACAUGGGUCGGCAGCAGAGUGACCAAAAACUGUGGGACAUGGGUCAACAGCAGGGUGAUCAACCACGGCAGAAUGUGGGUCAACAGCAGGUGGAUCAAAAACUUUGGAGCAUGUCUCAACAGCAAGGGGAUCAACCACGACGGAAUGUGGGCCAACAACGUAUUGAUCGACAACUGUGGGACAUGGGUCAGCAGCAGGGGGAUCAGCCACGGCAGAAUGUGGGUCAACAGCAGGUGGAUCAAACACUGUGGGGCAUGUCUCAACAGCAAGGGGAUCAACCACGACGGAAUGUAGAUCAACUGCAGAGAGAUCUAGGGCAAGGGAAUCUGGCCCCCUUCGACCCCCAAAGAGACUCACCAGAAGGGCGUUUAGACCCCCAGCUUAGAACACAAGGAGCCAGUGCUCCGAUUCGACCUGGGCCGGCACCGGCGGGUUCCGAUCUGGCGCAGUACGUGAACGCCGAGCCAUUCUAUCCUAAGGCGAGCCGCGCCGCCCCCACCGAUGGCGCUAGCCCCGAUCAGGCAGCGCCUCUUGCGGCGGUCGCCGCCGCUGGUGCCGGAACUGCACCAACGUACCGCGAGAGGAGACCCCUGUACGAUCGUCCACUCGCGGCCGCCGCCGACGCCCCCGCAGAGAGAAGACCGGAAAUCGGCGACCACGAAUGGAGACCCCUGUACGAUCGUCCAGCAGCAGCCGCUGCCGUCGCCCCGGUGGAGAGGGGAUCAGCAAUCGGCGACCACGAGUGGAGACCCCUGUACGAUCGUCCAGCAGCAGCCGCUGUCGCCGCCCCGGCGGAGAGAGGAUCAGCAAUCGGCGACCACGAAUGGAGACCCCUGUACGAUCGUCCAGCAGCAGCCGCUGUCGCCGCCCCGGUGGAGAGGGGAUCAGCAAUCGGCGACCACGAAUGGAGGCUACUGUACGAUCGUCCAGCAGCCGCCGCCGUCGCCGCCCCGGCGGAGAGGAGACCCAUGUACGAUCGUGCAGUCGCCGCCGCUGCAGCCGCCACGGAGAGAAGGCCGGAGGUCGCCGAGAGCCGCCCACUGAGGCCCACCGGCGCGGUCCCCCGCCGCAGCCUCCCCGACAACAGGGAGGUGAUGGAGGACGUGGCCGUGGUGGCUGCCGUUAGACAGGUUGGAGGUCAGCCUGGUGAGCUGGGCCGCCGGGGAGCGUCUGGCGGACUGAGGGCCGACCCCCAGCAGCCUGUCCCCUGGCUUCAGGGCAUGCCUCUGGUGCAGGCCUCUCCAGAGCAUCAGGACCGCGCCGAGACAGGUCACCUGGCCGCCUACAGACCUGACCCCAGACACGGUGUCCAGCUGGGGCAGUCUGGACGCUCACCGCAGAAAUCGCGUCAACAGAGCCCCCUGGUGCCGGCCGUAGUCCCGCCGCCCCGGCCGUUUGCCCAGCUACCUCAGGCUGGUGCUAGACAGGGCCAGGGCAUUCUCCCCCUUCCACUGCCCCCUCAAGGCGGGCCCGUAGCGCAGGGGCAGGGUCUUCUUCCCGCUCCCGUUCUGGUGCAGCCGCCGGGCCUGCUUUGGCCAGCGAGGAAUAAUAUGAACAUGGCACUCGCCGGGAUGAACCUGACUGGCCCGAGACCUCGUCCCCCUCGAUUUCCUCCCCCGUGAUAGCGCCUCUGAGAAUGGAACCAGCAACCGGGCAGUCGAUACAGGGUUUUAGCUCAGAGACCUGCGGUACAUUAUCUUGCAGAUGCGUGGGGUCUGUCUUAAUGUGGCGGAGUUUUUGGACUUGUACAGAGUAUGUGUAUUGUACAUUGUGUGCCGUUCGUGCCCCCCACCGUCCGUGCCCUCCUCAGAUGUGCCCUCCGUUUGAUGGCGUGACCAGUUAUGCUGACUCGCAGCGCUGUUGUGUCGAACAUUAAUGUGUGCCGAUUUACAAGCUCUCAAUAAAAUGAAAAUAAAUUGUUUCACUUUUGCACUGCAUUGCGGAUAACGCAAAGCUCUG